CGGAUGACAUGAACUGUGCGUAUUACCAGCACGGGGGCGCACACCCCGCCACGCACAAUGUCAACAAUAAUUAUUUCAACGAGGAACACCCGAGCUUACGCGGCACGCCCCUGGCGAUGCUGGCGGCCCAGUGCAAUAAACUGUCGAGCAAGUCUCCUCCGCCACUGGCCGACGCAGCCGUCGGGAAGGGAUUCCAUCCGUGGAAGAAGAGCCCGGGUGCGCACUCGCCCCCGGGUGGCGGCGCCACCCCGCGCUCCCAGCCACCAGCCUGCGGUCCUUACGCACGGGCACCUACUUCCUGUGCUGCGACUCCAUCCUACGGCAACGAUCUCUACUUUCCGUCUUCUGGCGACCAGUUACUCGGCAAAAGUGAAUCUAGUGCUAGUCUCGGCUCAAUGUAUUCGCGACAUCCAUAUGAAUCUUGGCCGUUCAACGUCGGAGGCGGUGGCGGCAGUGGUGCUCUCAAAGCAGCUGAAAUGUCUGGUGUCGGCACUGUUGGAAGCACCUGGUGGGAUGUCCAUAGCGGUUGGUUAGACGUAGGAGGACAAAUGGCUAACUACGCCGGCCAGGACUAUUCACAAUUGACGCACUCUCUUUCUGGCGGAGCACAUUUAUUACCACCUGCCCCUCAUCUACUUCAAGAUGCUUACAAAUCAGUACUGCCUACACAAGGUUCCUUUGGUCUGCACGGCCCUGGAUCUCCUACCCCUCCUGCACAAGCGCCUUCACCUCGCUCACAGCGUCGAUACGCGGGUCGAGCAACAUGCGAUUGUCCUAACUGUCAAGAAGCUGAAAGAUUGGGCCCGGCAGGAGCACAUUUAAGAAAGAAAAACAUACACAGUUGUCAUAUACCUGGCUGCGGUAAGGUAUAUGGGAAAACGUCCCACUUAAAAGCCCACUUACGAUGGCAUACUGGUGAACGGCCUUUUGUUUGCAACUGGUUAUUCUGCGGAAAGCGUUUCACUCGGUCUGACGAGCUACAGAGACACUUACGAACACACACGGGCGAGAAGAGAUUCGCCUGUCCGGUUUGUAAUAAGAGGUUUAUGAGGUCAGAUCACCUGGCGAAACAUGUCAAGACGCACAACGGUGGAAAGAAAGGUAGUUCUGAAUCGUGUUCGGAUUCUGAAGAAAACAGUCAGGGCGAGAGCGGGGUCGGGGGUCGGUCUCCGGAGCACACGCUGGACGUGAAGCCGAGCGCGCUGGUGUGA